AAACAAGAGAAACUAACCAACAAAGGCGUUGGUAAAGAAAACUAUAAUCACAAUGCGAUCUUCUUCUAAGAUGGGGCCUUCAGCCAAUCUCAUUUGCGCUCUAGGAGUUAUCAUCAUGGCAACAACGGUUGCUGCAUAUGAGCCAUACACGUAUAGUUCUCCACCACCACCAUAUUCUUCCCCAUCUCCUAAGGUAGAAUACGAGUCUUCCCCACCACCAUACGUUUCUCUACCACCACUACCAUCUAUCUCUCCAUCACCUAAGGUUGAAUACAACUCUCCUCCUCCACCAUAUGUCUACAGUUCUCCACCACCACCACCAUACUACUCACCAUCCCCCAAGAUUGAGUACAAGUCUCCUCCCCCACCGUAUGUUUACAGUUCUCCACCACCACCAUACUACUCACCAUCCCCCAAGAUUGAGUACAAGUCUCCUCCCCCACCGUAUGUUUACAGUUCUCCACCACCACCAUACUACUCACGCUCUCCUAAGGUAGACUAUAAGUCUCCCCCACCACCGUAUGUUUACAGUUCCCCACCACCACCUUAUUAUUCGCCUUCCCCUAAAGUUGAGUACAAAUCUCCUCCCCCACCAUAUGUUUACAGUUCCCCGCCACCACCAUACUACUCACCAUCUCCUAAAGUAGACUACAAAUCUCCUCCACCACCGUAUGUUUACAGUUCUCCACCACCACCAUACUACACACCUGCCCCUAAGGUAGACUACAAGUCUCCACCACCACCAUAUGUCGACAGUUCUCCACCACCACCAUACUACUCACCAAGCCCUAAGGUAGACUACAAGUCUCCACCACCACCAUAUGUCGACAGUUCUCCACCACCACCAUACGAUUCCCCAUCCCCUAAGGUUGUAUACAAAUCUCCUCCACCACCGUAUGUUUACAGUUCUCCACCACCACCAUCCUACUCACCAAGCCCUAAGGUAGACUACAAGUCUCCACCACCACCAUAUGUCGACAGUUCUCCACCACCACCAUACGAUUCCCCAUCCCCUAAGGUUGUAUACAAAUCUCCUCCACCACCGUAUGUUUACAGUUCUCCACCACCACCAUCCUACUCACCAAGCCCUAAGGUAGACUACAAGUCUCCACCACCACCAUAUGUCGACAGUUCUCCACCACCACCAUACGAUUCCCCAUCCCCUAAGGUUGUAUACAAAUCUCCUCCACCACCGUAUGUUUACAGUUCUCCACCACCACCAUCCUACUCACCAAGCCCUAAGGUAGACUACAAGUCUCCACCACCACCAUAUGUCGACAGUUCUCCACCACCACCAUACGAUUCCCCAUCCCCUAAGGUUGUAUACAAAUCUCCUCCACCACCGUAUGUUUACAGUUCUCCACCACCACCAUCCUACUCACCAAGCCCUAAGGUAGACUACAAGUCUCCACCACCACCAUAUGUCGACAGUUCUCCACCACCACCAUACGAUUCCCCAUCCCCUAAGGUUGUAUACAAAUCUCCUCCACCACCGUAUGUUUACAGUUCUCCACCACCACCAUCCUACUCACCAAGCCCUAAGGUAGACUACAAGUCUCCACCACCACCAUAUGUCGACAGUUCUCCACCACCACCAUACGAUUCCCCAUCCCCUAAGGUUGUAUACAAAUCUCCUCCACCACCGUAUGUUUACAGUUCUCCACCACCACCAUCCUACUCACCAAGCCCUAAGGUAGACUACAAGUCUCCACCACCACCAUAUGUCGACAGUUCUCCACCACCACCAUACGAUUCCCCAUCCCCUAAGGUUGUAUACAAAUCUCCUCCACCACCGUAUGUUUACAGUUCUCCACCACCACCAUCCUACUCACCAAGCCCUAAGGUAGACUACAAGUCUCCACCACCACCAUAUGUCGACAGUUCUCCACCACCACCAUACGAUUCCCCAUCCCCUAAGGUUGUAUACAAAUCUCCUCCACCACCGUAUGUUUACAGUUCUCCACCACCACCAUCCUACUCACCAAGCCCUAAGGUAGACUACAAGUCUCCACCACCACCAUAUGUCGACAGUUCUCCACCACCACCAUACUACUCACCAGCCCCAAAGAUAAACUACAAAUCUCCACCACCACCAUAUGUUUACAGUUCCCCACCACCACCAUACUACUCACCAGCCCCAAAGAUAAACUACAAAUCUCCACCACCACCAUAUGUUUACAGUUCUCCACCACCACCAUACUACUCACCAAGCCCUAAGGUAGACUACAAGUCUCCACCACCACCAUAUGUCUACAGUUCCCCACCACCACCAUAUUACUCACCAACCCCUAAGGUAGACUACAAGUCUCCACCACCACCAUAUGUUUACAGUUCUCCACCACCACCAUACUACUCGCCUUCUCCUAAGGUGUACUACAAGUCUCCUCCACCACCAUAUGUCUACAGUUCUCCACCACCACCAUACUACUCCCCAUCCCCUAAGGUUGUAUACAAAUCUCCUCCACCACCAUAUGUUUACAAGUCCCCACCACCACCAUACUACUCACCAGCCCCAAAGGUAAACUACAAAUCUCCACCACCGCCAUAUGUUUAUAGUUCUCCACCACCACCAUACUACUCGCCUUCUCCCAAGGUGUACUACAAGUCUCCACCACCACCAUACAUCUACAGUUCCCCACCACCUCCAUACUACUCACCAGCCCCUAAGGUACACUACAAGUCUCCACCACCACCAUACUACUCGCCUUCUCCUAAGGUGUACUACAAGUCUCCACCACAUCCUCAUGUAUGUGUUUGUCCACCACCUCCUCCAUGUUAUUCUCCAUCCCCUAAGGUUGUGUACAAGUCUCCUCCACCACCAUAUGUCUACAGUUCUCCACCACCACCAUACUACUCCCCAUCCCCUAAGGUUGUAUACAAAUCUCCUCCACCACCAUAUGUUUAUAGUUCCCCACCACCACCAUACUACUCACCAGCCCCUAAGGUAGAUUACAAGUCUCCUCCACCACCAUAUGUUUACAGCUCUCCACCACCACCAUACUACUCCCCAUCCCCUAAGGUUGCAUACAAAUCUCCUCCACCACCAUAUGUUUACAGCUCCCCACCACCACCAUACUACUCCCCAUCCCCUAAGGUAGACUAUAAGUCUCCACCACCACCAUAUGUCUACAGCUCCCCACCACCACCGUACUACUCACCUUCUCCUAAGGUGUACUACAAAUCUCCUCCACCACCAUAUGUCUACAGUUCCCCACCACCGCCACCUUAUUACUCUCCCUCACCAAAGGCUGAGUACAAAUCCCCACCUCCUCCAUCGUAUUCACCUUCUCCAAAAACUGAGUAUUAAACCUCAUGAUCCCCAUCUUCGUAUUACUAUCAUUAAAACAACAAAUGCCAUUCGAAACUAAGCUACUGAAUUUUAUUUUAUUUCUUCUUUCCUUUUGUUCUUGAUGCUACUUGUAUCUUUUAAGUUUCUUUGGAUUUGGAUUAAAAUUUGGCUACAAAACCUUCAUAUGGUUUCAUGUUUUUUCUUUAAUAUGUGUAAAGAUUGCUUGAAAUCUGUAUGAAGAAUUCGUUCGCGAAUUUGAAUUUGUAGUGUGUAUUCUUGACUUUAUAACUUUGGAUAAUAUAAUUUAUCGAUCC